AUGUUUAACAGUUCAAGUGACAUCAACUCUCUACUUGGUCAAAAGGAACCCCAUUACACCGUUAUCAUUUUCGAGAGUGAGAACUCCUAUAUUGGGCGGGAGGUUAUAAUGGACUUGAUGCAGUAUGAAAACAUUUUGGUGCACAGAGCGUUAAGUUCAGAUAAGGCUCUGUUAGAGACGCUUGGUAUUGUCUCUGUUCCAUCAUGUUACCUGAUCUACCCCAACGGUACUCACGGAUUAAUUAACAUUGCGAAACCUCUGCGAUCUGUCUUCUCCUCUCAUCUAAAAGCUCUGCCUUCUGUAAGGAAGAAAGUAGGGGCACACUCUGACUAUCCACCGAGGGUGGUCCAGGAGGAUGAUAAACAGGAUGUUGCCUGGAAAGAGUAUGACAAGUCCAAGAUGUACACAGCUGACCUGGAAUCAGGGUUGCAUUACCUAUUGCGAGUUGAACUAGCCACCCACCAGACACUUGAGGGAGAGAAGCUGAAAACAUUUAAAGACUUUAUAACCAUCUUGUAUAAGCUGUUCCCAGGGCGCCUCCAUGUGAUGAAGUUGCUGGAAACACUCCAGGAGUGGCUGGUCAGUAUGCCUCUGGACAAGAUUCCUUAUGAUGCCAUCUUGGAUUUAGUCAACAACAAAAUGCGGAUUUCUGGAAUAUUCCUCACAAACCACAUCCAAUGGGUGGGCUGUCAAGGCAGCAGAUCCCAGCUGAGAGGAUAUCCCUGUUCCUUGUGGAAAAUCUUUCACAGUUUGACCGUGCAAGGUGCCACACAGCCUGAAGUCUUGGCUAAUACUGCUUUUGAAAAUGAUGCCCAGGCUGUUCUGAAGAUCAUGAGGCGUUACAUCCGCGAAUUUUUUGGCUGUCGUGAAUGCGCAAAGCACUUUGAAGCAAUGGCUAAAGAGUCUGUGGACGCCGUGAAAACAGCAGAAGAAGCAGUCAUGUGGCUAUGGCGAAAACACAAUGUGGUCAAUAAUCGACUGGCUGGUGCUCCCAGUGAAGACCCGAAAAGCCCAAAGGUUCAGUGGCCAACACCUGACCUUUGCCCCGCAUGCCAUGAAGAGGAGGGUGGUGUCCACAGCUGGAAUGAAAAGGAAGUUCUUGCCUUUCUCAAGCAACACUACAGUAGCAAAGAGAUCUCCCUGCAGUAUGCGGACCCCAACACUGACCAGCAUGACGUAGUAGACGAGAAAAGAGACAAACUUCCUACAAAGAAUACUGGGAGUGAUAAUAACUCUGAAAAACACAAGCAGCGCGAACAUCCUAGACCUGAAUUUUUAGACAAGUUAAUUCAAAAUCAACCAAACAAAAGUAAAAAUUCCAACUACCAUCUGGAAAGUAGCAAAACGUCUGUUACUUUUCUAGGACUUGGCUUCUCCAACAUAGAUAUGAGUCUGUGUGUGGUCCUUUAUAUAACAUCUUCAUUAUUCCUUAUGGUUAUGUACUUUUUCUUCAGAGUGCGCUCAAGACGGUGGAAAAUUAGAUACAACAGACCUUAUGUAUAA